UUGGAGAAACAGAAAUAAAGAAAAGGUCAGCCUUUCACCUCCUGCAAACCUCCAGAAAAUUGACGAAGAAUCAGAGACCAUUCCAGUGAAGUUGUUGCCGGGUGAUGCUAGUACUUAUUCCCACCUUUACCUUGCCUCUCUUCUAAUUUAAAUCUCUGAGAAGGGAGAGGGGGUGAGAGUUUGUUUUGCCUUGGCUUGGCCUCCCCUCCAUCGCUGCAUUACAUCCUCCUCCACUCCAUCUAUUGCUUCCCUUAACCCCUCCUCCAAUCCAACCCCCCCCCCCCCCAUGCCUUAACCCCGCCCCAAAUCCAGCCUUCAAAGCUUCCUCUUUCUCCGGGAGUUCUGUUCUUGAUACUUAGGACGAGCUGCAUAGGUAGCCACCCUCCAUCCCGUUCGUCCCCCUCGGUUCUUCUUCCUUCUCUUCUCCCUCGGACUGAUGGGUGACCAUCUCGCGUUGCUCGUGGACCGGCUGCUAACGGAGUCGACGCUGGAGGCGGCGAUCGGCUGCGGGAAACAGAUGGCCGAUCUGCAGCCGGAGACGGUGGCGGUCGAGUACGGCCGCGACGGCGGCGGUUCUGCGAGUAGGGUGGUGGAGUGCAGGAUUUGCCAGGAGGAGGAUUGGGAUUUCAGCAUGGAGGCCCCCUGCGCCUGCUGUGGCAGCCUCAAGUACGCUCACCGGAAAUGUAUUCAGCGUUGGUGCAAUGAGAAGGGUGACACCAUCUGCGAAAUAUGCCUGCAGCAAUUCAGGCCAGGUUAUACUGCCCCACAGCAGCUGUUUCACUAUGGAAGUAUACCAAUGAACUUCAGAGGAAACUGGGAGAUUGCCCGGCAAGAUCUAGAUGAUGCCCGGAUAAUAACAAUGGUGCCGACAGAGCAUGAUUUUAUGAACAGUUACGAGGACUACUUGCCUAUCAGGACAAGAAGCAGCACCCUCUGUUACCAGACAGUUGCCGCAAUUUUCAUGGCACUCCUGAUCCUUCGCCACACUCUUCCUCUCAUGAUCGGUGGAAAUGGGGAGUACUCGUUGCCCUUAUUCUCGCUUCUUGUGCUGAGGACUGCGGGAAUUCUGUUCCCAAUCCUGGUGAUGGUGAGAGCAUUGGCAAGCUUCCACCGUCGACGGUGGCAGCAGUUAAGCAGCAGUAGACAUGGCACACCUGUGCAGAUUUCUCCAUCUGCAGUUGCAGCAACCUGGAUUUCUCAAGCAUAACUCUCGGAUCUAGAUCACUUAACACUGCAGGAAAGCAGGGAAAUGUAUAUGUCUUCAUCAGAAAGUGAGGAAGAGGAAGAGGAAGACGAUGCAGUCACCAAUUCUGCAGGACCAAGUUACUCGCAACCAUGCCCCAUACCAGUCUACUGACAUGAUCAAGAACAUGCCUUCCAACCUCCCUCUGACAGGAAAUUUCAGUGCCUUCAUGUGACUGGCAGAAGCAUGGACGAUCACACAAAAUUAAAAAAUAAAAAUAAAAAAUUAGUAUAUGAUGACAUGGUAAGAUAGCCUGGAGCCACUCGCUUCUGUGUGCACAGAGAAGAAUGCAGUGGUUCUGUACAGACGAGAAAAGAGGAGACUACAACUUAACCCGGAUGCUGUAACUUGUGAACCUCUAUUGCAGCAAGUUCAGCUUACCUUAUGUACUGAAGAUAUUAUGGUGUCAAAUUACUUGCAAAUGGGACGAAUUAUGUUAUAUUGUUUUAGUUUCUGAGUUUCUAA